AUAAUGAAAGACCAUCCAAACAGUGGCAGUUGUGUUUAGUUCCUCAGCUUGGCUAUUUUUGUUCAGUUGAAGAUGCGAAAGGAAAGAAAAGCGUGAUGAAGCAGAGGAAUUUCCGAAAGAGAAGUAUAGUGGAUGACGGUGAAGAAGACGAGCAGGAAAGGAGGUUGGCUUUAGAGGAAGUGAAGUUUCUUCAAAAACAAAGAGAGAGGAAACUAGGUGUCCCAGCUAUAUCUUCAAUAGCAUCACAGGUUACACCAGGCGGUGGUGGCGGCGCUAGUAAUAGCAAUGCAGGUGGUUUAGUUCGCAAGGUGAACGAUAAGGGUGAUGGUGAUGCGGAGAAGGAUGAGUUGGUGUUGCAAGAUACUUUUGCUCAGGAAACUGCCGUCAUGGAAGAAGAUCCCAACAUGUUGAGAUAUGUUGAGCAAGAGUUGGCUAAAAAAAGAGGCAAGAAUGUUGAUGUAGCAGAUCAAGCUGAAAAUGAGGUGAAACGUGCAGAAGAUGAACUUUACAAAAUUCCGGAGCAUCUAAAAGUGAAAAGGAGGAAUUCAGAAGAGAGCUCCACUCAGUGGACUACUGGAAUAGCUGAAAUUCAGCUCCCUAUAGAGUACAAAUUGAAGAAUAUCGAGGAGACAGAGGCUGCUAAAAAGCUCCUUCAGGAGAAGAGGCUCAUGGGAAGAGCCAGAACUGAAUCUAGCAUCCCUUCAAGUUACUCCGCAGACUAUUUCCAACGUGGCAAGGAUUAUGCUGAAAAACUCCGGAGAGAACAUCCUGAUUUGUACAAGGAUAAAAGUAAAGAUACUGGACAUUCAGAAUCCAAACCCAAUGAUUCAAGUUCAGAUGUAGGCGUUAAAAGGCAAGCGGCGACUGAUCAGUUCAUGCUUGAGCGCUUCCGUAAAAGAGAUCGCCAUCGGGUCAUGCGUAGAUAGUGUGCAUGAACAUGGUUCUCCCUCAUGUUCCUCAGUGAAAGGUACAGGUGUCCAACUUCAUUUGCUGUCUCUGAAGGCAUAAGCUGUUUUGACAUGGAAGUAGCUGUCAUUUCAACCUUACCAGCCCCCGUUUUACAUUUUCGUAAAGGAUCUUUACCAGCCCAUUUUGUAUGCAGAUUAAUUUCCCGACAUCGAGAAUAUGACUCUUCUUAGAGAUGACAAUAUGCUUUGCAAAUUUUGGCAGUGGCAGUUUACUGUUGUUUUCCA